CCCACAUGGAAAUAAAGGUUAAUAAAUUAUUAACGCAGCCCUUUGCUACGAUAUUCUCUCCCUGCAUUGUUGUUUUCCUCAGUCUGUGUAUGGGACCUUUCCGGUUAUACUAAAUAGACCCUUGUGUUGUCUUAGUAGUGUCUGGAUUUGGAUCGAAAGUGACAACCGUACAACCUGACAGAGACGAGAGAAAAACGUUACGUUUCGCUACAUUUGUGUAUCGCUGACAACAAAGAAAAGAAGAAAAAAUGGCAGAAUCGGCGAGCGAACAGAGACAAAGCCUGGUGGAGCGGGCAAAGUUGGCAGAGCAGGCAGAGCAGUACGAGGACAUGGCGAGGUGGAUGAAGGAGGUUGUGGAGCUGGACGUGGUUCUGACAGAAGAGGAGCGGAACCUUCUCUCCGUGGCCUACAAGAACAUGCUGGGCGCGCGCCGGUCCGCGUGGAGGGUCAUCGGGUCCUCAGAACUCAAACAGGUGGAGUCCGGCGCCGAGGAAUCCGACAGCAAGAAGAAAGCCGUGAAGUGGCUGCGAGAGAAAGUGGUAACGGAGAUGAAGGAGAUGUGCGGCAACGUCUUGGCCCUCCUCGACAAGUACCUCAUCCCGCGGGUCGACAAGCCGGAGAGCGAAGUCUUCUACCAGAAGAUGAAGGGAGACUACUUCCGCUACCUGACCGAGAUCAGCGAGGGAGACGAGAGAGAAGACAUGGCGUCGAAGGCGAAAGACGCGUACGAGAAGGCUCACGAAAAGGCCGCCCAGUUGCCCACCACCAACCCGGUUCGCUUGGGCCUGGCGCUAAACUUUUCCGUGUUCCACUACGAGAUUCGGAACAACCCCGACGAGGCUUGCCGGCUGGCGAAGGAGGCCUUCGACGAGGCUUGUAAAGACUUAGACCAAGUAAAGGAGGAAUCUUACAAGGACUCAACCCUGAUCAUGCAGCUUCUGCGGGACAACCUCACACUCUGGACCAGCGAGAGUGAAGAUCAACUAGAAGACUAGAUCCAGGCCCCCCUCCCCACAUGUCCAGCUUUUGGCAUUGACGUAAACCUAUCUUACACAGUAAGGCCACACCGACUAUUUUAUGGAUGACAUCCUCUGAAGACCCCCAAACUAGUGCGCGCGGGCGAAUA